CUGCAAACUCAGAGCGGGACGGUGUACGCGGAAAAUCGCGGAACGUUCGUGAUUGGUCGAGGCUUUCGGUCCGCGAUUUUCUGCGGACCGAGGACCGAGAGCCUCGACCAAUCACGAGCGUUCCGCGAUUUUCUGCGUACACCGUUCCGCUCUAUGAGUUCGCACCCUCGGGUCAGAGGACGUGCGUCGCACUGCCGUACGGACGGCACGGAAAUUUGCGCGUACGCGUCCUCGGCGUCGUUUUCGUUUCACGGAGUGCGGAAUACGCGGAAGCGGAAUCAACGGCUCGACAGUCACAAGAUCGUUUUCCGAUAGAGACCUUCGGAAAAUUCCGUUGAAACGGUCGUGUGACGUCGCCGUGACUCGCGCGGAUCGCCGCUCGUUUUUCGCAGUUUUUUGUGUGUUUGUCUCGAGCCGCCGCGGCCGCUGCGCACCAAGGUCAGGGAACGACGGUACCGUGUGUCGUCGCACUGUCGCUCGAACCGCCGCGCCGGCACGUACGCCACGGAGCGACGCGCGCGACCAAGUUUUUCCGAUUCCGCAGGUGUCGCGGGACUCGCGGGACGUCGUCGUCUUCGUUUCUCGGUGCGUGUACUUGGUUCGAGAUACGGAAAAACGUUAAAAAGCCGCGUGUUUGUCGCGAGUGUCCACCAACAGACGUGCGGACUUAAAUGCGCGUUCAUUUGAGGUCCGUACAUGCAUCGCGCGAGCGAUGUCAAAGUGAUAUUCCAGUCGCGUCGCUGACUCGACGCGCGUAGUAUCGCACGGCGGCGCGGGGGCCGACGGGAACGGCGCCAUGUUGGUUAGUUCGAGAAGCAUCGCGCAGUGUCGCGGACGCGCGGCGGACCGGUCUCUCGCGCCGACGGACGUCGCCAGGAGCCUCUCUUCACGACGGCGGUGAGUCUCUAACGCCGAUCAAGUCGAGCAAUCGCGGCGUGGGUCGAUCGUCACGAUACUCGCGCGCCGGCGAACCGCCGAGACGCCUGAAUCUCGCGAGACGUUCCGGAAUGCUCGGCGCAGUCGGAUCCUCGCGACGCCGCGGGUACACCGAGCUUCGGCUUCAUCUCGCGUUCUCUCUCCGCGCGCGCGUAGAAAUACCCGAGUUUUUCCGCGCGUGACACGCGGCGAGAGGAGUGCUCGCGCGAGCUCGCCCCGUUGGACGCUCGCGUUCGGCCGCGAGACGCGUCAAGCUUCGCCGUAACUCGCGAGUCCUCGCCGUGACGUUCCCGCCGUUUCGCGCGACGCCAUCGUGGCGGGUGACGUAUUGCCCGCGCGCGAUCGUCCCCUUUUCUCGCGCGUCGGUCAACGCCGGGAGUGCAGUGUCGCGCGUUACUUGGACAUUAACGAGCUCCUCUUUCGCGAGUGCUGUGUCGUGCCGACUACCGGAUUUGCCGCUGCGAAAUGGAGGAAUCUGAGAGGAAGCUGCGGCCUGGGAGGCAUCGGGCGACGACGGAGCGACGCUGAGUGAUUACUAACGGUCUCAAGUGCGACUCGGACGACGUCGACGGUUUGACAAACGGGAGAAAAAUGGCACCGGUUCUGGGCGUACCGCCUCCGCCACCACCGGCUCCUCACAUGGGACCGGACGGCCUGAUCUUGCCGAGGAAACCGUAUAACCCUUGCCUUAUCUCCAAUAAUCAUAAGGACCUUCACAGGGAGUUACUUUUCAAUCAGAAAAUUGGCAAGAACGUCUUGAACCAGAAGAGCGAGCUGCAACGUGCCCUCGAGAAACAGAGGGAAGCUGCGUCAAGGAGAGAGGCUGACAGGACCCGCGAGGAAAGUUACAAGGACGAUCCCAGGACCGCGUUGCAAAGGGCGAUCGAGCAGAGAGCAAGACACAUUCAGCUGACGCAGGAACAAUCGCGGGCGACGAUGGUGCCGCCCAGCAACCUCCUGAUAACAGCAAGGGCGAAGCUGAGGCCUCGCACCGAGUCCCAGUGAAGCCGAUGAAGAUCAAAGGUCGUGAAGCGAUGCCGCGUCCGGGUGAAGAGAACGAUGAUCCGCUCGGGCGGCUCGUAAUUUCACCCCUCGGCGCCUUAUCGAUUGCAAUCAGUGUACAUACGCAUAACCCGAUAAGAUUCCCCUGGCACGAGGAUUAUUAGCGGCGUCAUUCGGCGCGCCGAGAAGCGUGUGCUGUAACAGACGUUAAGUCUCUUAAUACACGUUCGAGAUAACGCGAUUGAACGGAACGCGCGCGUAUUCGAUCGUUAUCGCGCGCAGAGGAAGGGGAUCGGCAUCUGGAAUCUCGACGAACGUCUCGUGGAUAUUCAACACCGCCACGUUGCCGCGCCAAUCCGCCCGUAAGAUCAUUCCCCAAACAACACGAGGAACCAAACGACACGUCUCGAAGAUUAGGAGCUAUCUUUACGACGCGCCAGUUUAGAGAACAUCGUAAAUUGCGGUGUCGUUUGCGCGUUGCCCUGAAUCAAGCGCCACGCAAGUGGUUCUCGUAAAACGCAUUGCAUAUCGGGUCUCUCGAUGUACAAUACAAUCAGCAACCAACCACGUGUCUUCGUUUAAUGAUAAAUCAGCGUGUGCCGAGCUUAGCUUGACGACCAAUUAGUAACGUCGACGACGCGAUAACGUUCAUUACAUACGGUUAUUAUCGUAAACGCGGUAAUUCGAUUAGAUUGUGCGUGCAAGCGUCGACUUGGAUAUAAUAACCGACGUAUUUUUUCUUACGAGGACGUUUCGUCGCGAGGGCAUCGGCGGCGCGAUAGUAACACAGUAGGACAGAUCGACAAUAGGUAGUAGCUGUAGACAAUGAGAUAACGCGAAAGAAUUUAUUCGUGGACGACAUUUGUCGGUUACUUAAACGGGGAACUGUCUCUGCUCCGAGCCUUUGAUUUUAAGCGAUAUGUCUCUUUAAUAUUGAAAUGGAAUUAUUUGUUCAAAAUUAUGUCGUAAAACUCACCGACGACGAGUAUUUCUCCGAGAAUUGGGGCAUUCAAAUGCGCACUGAUAGUAAAGUCUAUUGUUCCGUUACAAGAUAACGUCAUUCUGCACUGCUUAGGAUUAAUCGCUCGAGCACGAGUCAUGAAUCGCGAAUGCCCGGGCAUCCGCGAUAAAAGUAUCGGCGCCUCUGAACGAGCUCUCCUCGUGCUGAAGGCGAAGAUCCCUUUCCUUCUCUCCCUCGGACAUCACGACGAUGUUUCCCCACGAUCUUCGACACGAUUUCGGGCACGUAGAAAGAGUAUUUUGUACGAAGCUUAGAUCGCCGACGGUGGCAUUACUUUGUUCUCCGCUACACAUUCUCAAGCUGAAUACAUCACGGAAUAAAUAAACGUAUUGGGACGAUUUUGCGAAGAUACCUGCAACUAAUCGCACGAUUGGCCGUUCCCGAUUUGUCGCCGAUGGCUUUGACCCCGCGAAUCAGCUAUGACGGAUCAUUUGGAACUCGACGCUAUCUCCGGAUCUUACGUGAAUUGAACGACAAAAUUGCAUCGUUUGGACUGUAUGGAAGUGAUGCCACUGGAAGUGAAAGUAGUUUCCGCUAGGAGACGAGAGACGAAUAAGUCAGGACUCCGCGGGACCAUGUGUUCUUAUAACUUCGUUACACGGCAGUAAGAGAAAUCCGACAUCUGCCUUGCGUAGUAACAAUUAUUAUUAAUCGUAUUUAAGUAUCGAAUCGACGUUAAUAUUAACUAUAGAUUUCGUGGCUCAUUAUGUUAUGAUGAAUUCUGCGGAGGUGCGCAACAUUCUGGGUCGAAAAUCAUGUAAGCCGUUAAGUUUGUUACAACUUUAAUUUACCAACUGAUCCAUGAAAAUCUUAUAAUAUAUAACUCGCGCUUAAGUGCGCAAGGAGAUAUCACCCAACCAAUAGAGGAGCCACAGAUGGAGAGGAUACUUUCGUUUCUUUUUUUCUUUUCUUUUGUACAGUUGUCACAUGUAUGUGUAGGCUAAACUCUACGUUUUAACAUAAACUUAAUCACGAUAUUCAGGACCUUAAGAGAUCAUCGCAAUGAUAAAAUCUCGGAUUCCAAAUAUAUUUUAUUCAACACUAAACAUCAACCCCCCCCAUCAUUUCCACUCCAACGUGUAAGAAACCAUUAAUAAAACAAAAAAACGUUACAGGAAA